AUGGAUGCUUCGGCCCUCAACAACCCGCGCCUCAAGGCGAUGAUCGAGGAGGAGAGAACAAAGGCUAUGGCAAACGAGCUGGUGGCAAAGCUGACUUUUCUUUGCUGGGACAAAUGCGUCACGGGCAGCGUCGGGAGCAGCUUCAGCAGGAGCGAGACCUCGUGCCUGUCCAACUGCGCAAAACGCUUCUCUGAAGUGAAGAUGAUGACCAUGCAACGCUUCACCGGUCGCAGUUGA